AUGUCCCUCCGAAGAGAAAGUACGUGGGCGGGGCUGGACUGCAGCGGACUCGUAAGAGGACUUGAGGAGGGGUUGGAUCCCGUGGUUAAGAAGUGGCCGGAGAAAGGUGUCACCAUCGCUAGUGACAUGAUGAGUGACAGGAAUGGGCGUGCGCAGGCGAAUUUCCUUUGCGUCAACGAAGAUGGAGCUGUGUUUAUGGAGAGUGUUGACUGCGGGAUGGAACGGAAAACAGGCGGUUACAUUGCUAGCCUCAUCCGGCCAGUCAUAACGAAGGUGGGGCCGGAAAAUGUCGUUGCACUAUGCAUGGAUGGAGCGAGCAACUACGCAGCCGCGACCCGUGAGAUUGUGAAGGAAUGGCCGCACAUAGAGAUUGUGAAGGAAUGGCCGCACAUAGAGAUUGUGAAGGAAUGGCCGCACAUAGAGAUUGUGAAGGAAUGGCCGCACAUAGAGAUUGUGAAGGAAUGGCCGCACAUAGAGAUUGUGCCGUGCGCAACGCAUGUGCUUGACCUCUUUAUGGAAGACAUAGGGAAGAUGGAUUGGGCCAAAAACAUGGUCUCCCAUCAUGUCUUCAAGGACUGGGCUGCAGCUGCAGGUGCUAAGGUGAAGGAGGCAGCAGACAAGUUUGAGAAGUACAUGCUGGAUUCUGCGUGGUGGAAGACAGCAGAGUUCUUCAAGAAGCUGCUGCAGCUGCCAUAUGUCAGCAUGCGUAAGACAGACUCGACAAAGAAGGGGAUGAUGGCAAAUAUGUAUGACCUGAUGCUACAGUUGACGGAGGAAAUGAGUGCAUUGCUGGAGGAGGAUGAGGAGCAGCUGAGCGACGAGGAUAAGGAGAAGAUCAGCGAUUUUCUGAAGGCUAGAUGGGAUGAUAGCCUUGCAUUUGCGCUCCAUGUGGCUGGCCGGAUUUUUAAUCCGGCCAACCAGAAGGAGGGAAUCUUUCUUCGGGAUAGGGAGUGUACCAAAGUCAUGAAGGAGUUCUUAGAGCGUGCGCAUGAUUUCUUGGUGAAGUACAAGAGGGGUGGAGCUGGUGGCUUCAAAGAGCUUCAGAAGGGGAUGCUUGCCUACAUUAACGGUGAUGGGAGUUUCGGCACAAAGAGCGCGGUGGAGGCUCGGGAGGAGAUUCGGGCUGGGAAGGGGGAUCUGCUAAGCUGGUGGCAGUGGCAUGGAUGCGACUACCCCGAGCUAGCUGACAUUGCGCGCCGUACCCUUGCGCAGCCCGUGUCGGCCUCCUCGUGCGAGCAGAAUUGGGCUAAGUGGGAGGGAGUGCACACGGCUCGCCGGAACCGGCUAGGGUCGGAGAAAUGCCGCGACUUGGUGUACGUGGCCCACAACUGGCUGGUGGUGCAUAAUGCACACAAGCGACCUGAGAUGGAGGGGGCUGGGAUAAUUGAGGGUAACAAGCCAGACCCCCCGGUCCCGGAGGGAUACAUUCUGCAGGAGGAGGUGGAUGAGGAGGAGGAGGAAGAAGACAAGCUGCUGGCUGAUGAAUAUGUGGCAACCCCCCCUCUUCCCUAG